AUGUAUGGCCGAUACACCCAGGACCUUGGGGCCUUUGCCAAAGAGGAAGCCGCUCGGAUCCGUUUGGGAGGGCCCGAUCCCUGGAGGGGCCCCCCAUCCCCUCGGACUCCCCCAGAGCUCCUGGAAUAUGGACAGAGCCGUUGCGCCCCCUGCCGCAUUUGUUCCAUCCGCUGCCACAAGUUCCUGGCGUCCAGGGUCGGUGAGGACUGGAUCUUCCUGGUCCUGCUGGGGCUCCUUAUGGCACUGGUCAGCUGGGUCAUGGACUAUGCCAUUGCUGCGUGUCUGCAGGCUCAGCAGUGGAUGUCCCGAGGGCUGCACACGAACGUCCUGCUGCAGUACCUGGCCUGGGUCACCUACCCCGUCGUCCUCAUCACUUUCUCGGCAGGAUUUACACAGAUCCUGGCUCCUCAGGCCGUCGGAUCCGGCAUCCCAGAGAUGAAGACCAUCUUGCGGGGAGUGGUGCUGAAGGAAUACCUCACUCUCAAGACCUUUGUAGCUAAGGUCAUCGGGCUGACCUGUGCCCUGGGCAGCGGCAUGCCACUUGGCAAAGAGGGCCCCUUUGUGCAUAUCGCCAGCAUGUGUGCCGCCCUGCUAAGCAAGUUCCUCUCCCUCUUCGGGGGCAUCUAUGAGAAUGAAUCCCGGAACACAGAGAUGCUGGCUGCUGCCUGUGCUGUGGGAGUGGGCUGUUGCUUUGCGGCGCCCAUCGGAGGUGUGCUCUUCAGCAUCGAGGUCACCUCCACUUUCUUUGCUGUACGCAACUACUGGCGGGGCUUCUUCGCUGCCACCUUCAGCGCCUUCAUCUUCCGGGUCCUGGCUGUCUGGAACCGUGAUGAAGAGACCAUCACUGCCCUCUUCAAAACUCGCUUCCGCCUGGACUUCCCCUUUGACCUGCAGGAGCUGCCUGCCUUUGCUGUGAUUGGUAUUGCUAGUGGCUUCGGGGGCGCCCUCUUUGUCUACCUGAACCGGAAGAUUGUCCAGGUGAUGCGCAAACAGAAAACCAUCAAUCGCUUCCUCAUGAAGAAACGCCUGCUCUUCCCGGCUCUGGUGACCCUGAUUAUCUCCACGCUGACCUUCCCUCCUGGCUUUGGGCAGUUCAUGGCCGGACAGCUCUCCCAGAAAGAGACCCUGGUGACCCUGUUUGACAACCGGACGUGGGUCCGCCAGGGCCUCGUCGAGGAGCUAGAGUCACCCAGCAUGUCCCAGGCCUGGAGCCCACCACGGGCCAACGUCUUCCUGACGCUGGUCAUCUUCAUUCUCAUGAAGUUCUGGAUGUCUGCUCUGGCCACCACCAUCCCGGUGCCCUGCGGGGCCUUCAUGCCUGUCUUCGUCAUUGGAGCCGCAUUUGGGCGCCUGGUGGGGGAAAGCAUGGCUGCCUGGUUCCCAGAUGGGAUUCACACAGACAGCAGCACCUACCGGAUUGUGCCCGGGGGCUAUGCAGUGGUGGGGGCAGCUGCGCUGGCAGGAGCGGUGACCCAUACGGUGUCCACGGCCGUGAUUGUGUUCGAGCUCACGGGCCAGAUUGCCCACAUCCUGCCCGUCAUGAUAGCCGUUAUCCUGGCCAAUGCCGUCGCCCAGAGCCUGCAGCCCUCACUCUACGACAGCAUCAUCCGCAUCAAGAAGCUGCCCUACCUGCCCGAGCUGGGCUGGGGCCGGCACCAGCAGUACAGAGUGCGAGUGGAAGACAUCAUGGUGCGGGAUGUGCCCUACAUAGCCCUCAGCUGCACAUUCCGGGACCUGCGGUUGGCGCUGCACAGGACCAAAGGCCGCAUGCUAGCCCUGGUGGAGUCCUCCGAGUCCAUGAUUCUGCUAGGCUCCAUCGAGCGCUCACAGGUGGUGGCAUUGCUGGGGGCCCAGCUGAGCCCAGUCCGCCGGCGGCAAUUCAUGCAGGACCAGCGCAGGGCUGCACAGGCCUCUCCCCCACCUGAUCCCCCUGGUCCUGAGGCUGCUGUCUGCUUCCAGGUGAACUCGGAGGACCCAGGCUUCCCUGCAGCCCGGGGAGAGACUAACAAGCCCCUCAAGCCUGCUCUCAAGAGGGGGUCCAGCAACACCAUGAGCCCCCGGGAAAGCCCUGCAGGGAACAGGGAGCCGGCUGGCAUUGCUCUCAGGAACCUCUUCUGUGGGAGCCCACCUCCCGAGGUGGCUGCAGAGUUGGAGAAGUCGGAGUCCAGUGAGAAGCGCAAGCUGAAGCGGGUCCGCAUCUCCCUGGCGAGUGACUCAGACCUGGACAGCGAGAUGACCCCUCAGGAGAUCCUGGAGUGGGAGGAACAGCAGCUGGAUGAGCCUGUCAACUUCAGUGACUGCAAAAUCGACCCCGCGCCCUUCCAGCUGGUGGAGCGGACCUCCCUGCACAAGACUCACACCAUCUUCUCUCUGCUGGGAGUAGACCACGCGUAUGUCACCAGUAUUGGCCGACUCAUUGGCAUUGUCACGCUGAAGGAGCUCCGGAAAGCCAUCGAGGGCUCCGUCACAGCCCAGGGCGUCAAAGUCCGGCCUCCCCUGGCGAGCUUCCGCGACAGCACCACCAGCAGCAGUGACACAGAGACCACAGAGGUGCAUGCACUGUGGGGGCCCCGUGCCCGUCAUGGCCUCCCCCGGGAGGGCAGCCCUUCUGACAGCGAUGACAAGUGCCAGUAAAGCCCUGAGGGCCAGGGCUGUAGCCCUCACUGUCCCUCUGCCCUGGGGACACCCGAGGCAGCUCAGGGCCACGUGCCUCUUCCGGUCCAUCCUACCUGGAACCUGAACCAUAGCCACCCCCCCAGAAACAGCAGACCAACAUUGCCUGUAGGGCAUGGGGGGGUGGCGACUUGACCCUGCUCACCCCCCUAUGGGGGAAGAAGGGUAGAACCAAGAUGGGUUUAUACUGGAACCUCCAAUGACCAUAUGUAUAUAGAGAUUUAUAAAGAUUUUUAUAUUAAUUUAAUAAAACAAAUUCUUAAAUAGAACAAAAUAAACACCUAAUGAGCCACUUA